AUGGUACCCUUCUCACCGAUGAGAAAUGUCGAUGGUCUGUCAAAUAAGUAUACUGAUAAUCUUUAUCAGUAUGCACCCCGACCGACAUGCUCAGCUGGUCAACCUGAAUGCGGAUCAAGGUUCUUGUUUUGCGAUUUCACCCAUGGGGCACCGAAAUGUGUAUCUCGAUUGAAGCCGGGGUCUCAGUGCACUGGAUAUGCUCGAGGAGAAAAUCCUUGCUACAUGGGUCAAUGCCAAGGAGGACGUUGCGUCGCAGGGGCUCCAAUAGUGGCACCUCAACCGACCCCAAUGGUAACCACAGCGCCUGUUGUAAUGGCAACGCAGGAAACCUGCUACAAUGAAGACGAGUGUUGUGGUCCAUGGGCUGCUAAUGGAGAAUGUACGAGAAACGCUGCCUACAUGACUGAAUGGUGCAAAGCAAGCUGUGGCCAUUGUCAUCCACAAUAUAGGCUCGCUGACGAUUGCUCCGAUCGCCAUCCGAACUGUGCUUCGUGGACGCAACAAGGUGAAUGCACAAGGAAUGCGAAAUGGAUGGGAGAAAAUUGCAGAAAAUCUUGCAAUCGUUGUGGACAAACCAGGGCAGCUGCUUGUGCAGCAGGCGGUAGAGCCACACAACAAGCGCAGCAAUCCAACCAGAUCGUAUGCGAAAAUUCGGACGGUUGCUACAAUGAAAAUGUUUGUUGUCCCCACUGGGCUCUAUACGGCGAAUGCCGAAAGUCUUCCGCAUGGAUGGCCUGUAAUUGUAGGGUGUCAUGCGGCCACUGCUACCCAGAGGAUUAUGUUUAUGGAUCUUGCUCCGAUUAUCACCGAGAAUGCGCUGGAUGGGCUCGACUGGGCGAAUGCGAGAAGAAUCCGUGGAUGUCAGAAAACUGCAGAGCUUCAUGCAGGACUUGCUACUCGCAAUGGGAUCUUCGAGAUAUGUGCAGAGGAGCAGUAGGAUCCGUAGCACCUGUGGCGCAAAGGCGUCCGCAGCAGCAGCCGACCCGUGUCCAAUUUGAUCCGUUUGGAGGCUUUGGUGGUUUUGACGACCGCUGGGGCAUGGGAUGGGGUGAUGGUUUAGGUGGCGGACGAAGAGGUGGACGAGGCAGAGGAGGCUGGGGAGGCCCACCACAGACAUUCGGCGGCUGGGGUUGGCAGAGAGCAAAGAGGAACCGUUUCCCUAGAAAAUAA